AUGAGUGGAUCAGCUCAUUGCAGGGAAGUAGAAUGGAUUUGUAAACAUUGCACCCUCAAGAACAAGACCUUCCGGAAACGAUGUGCUGCAUGUUACCAACAACGAAUUCAUACCGAUGUCUCUAUAACGGAGAACGGUAGAACGGUCAAUGGAUGGACGUGCACGCAUUGUCAGCAUGACAACACUGUAAACGAUCAAUCAUGUAUAAUGUGUUCUAAAAAGAACACGCCACGGGCAAGGCUUGUUUAUCAAGAGGAAGAAUUUAAAGUUGAAUCGUGGCAAUGCAAUAGUUGUACAUACCUAAAUCCAGAGAUAUUACACAUGUGUGAGGUCUGUGAAAAUCCAAGGGACUGGACGGCGGAAAAUAUCGGAAAUGCUGAAGGUAUUACUGCAAGCGAUAAAGGAAAGAGAAAAGACAGAAACGAUAAAAAGCUGUUUGACAAAGAGAAAGAUGGUAAAAUGAAAAUUGGGAAGGAUAAGGGAAAGGAUGACAAAAUCACAAUCGGGAAGGAGAAAGAUAAAAUAAGCAAAGGGCCAAGUAAUGAUAUUUCGAGUAAACAAAAUGACAAAGACAGCCCAAGACAAAAUCCACAUAAAAAAGACAGGAAACGAAUCGAAAUUCUGGAUCAUGGAGAAAAGUGGCGAUGUAAAACUUGUACAUUCUUAAAUUCCCAAUUAAUGACGGAAAAAUGUGAAAUGUGUGACAGUGUUCGACCAUCUUCGAUUGCGCAAGCGCAGUCUCUUUCUCGAUCGGCAAAGAGGCAGCGUCUUCAACAACAAAAGAGCAUGUGCGUUGUUGACUUAGAAAAGAGAGAAGAAAGAGAGGCUAUGAAAAGAUGGAUCAGCAUCACGACCUAUUGUAGAGAGAAAAAGAUAAAAUUCAUCGACGCCGAUUUUCCUCAUAAUAUGACGUCGCUCUUUUCAAAACCAAAACAAGAUGGAAGUAAUCCACAAUGGCGUCGUUGCCAUGACAUCAGUACCGACACCCCGGUCGAGAAAUGGGUAGUGUAUCGAGAAAAUCCCAUUCCUGACGAUAUCCAGCAAGGUUAUCUUGGCAACUGUUGGUACCUCAGUGCGCUAGCCGUUCUUGCGGAUCGAAAGGAGUUACUAGAGAAAAUCAUACUCACGAAAACGUUUUGUCAGGAGGGUGCAUAUCAUUUACGUUUGUGCAAAGAUGGCUACUGGAAAAUAGUUUUGGUCGACGAUGUAUUUCCAUGUGAUUCUAGCAACCGUCUUUUGUACUCAAGGGGAAAACGGAAACAGCUGUGGGUUCCUCUGAUCGAGAAAGCUGCCGCCAAACUGUUUGGAUGUUACGAAGCUCUGACGUCAGGACACACUGUUGAAGCUCUGUCGCUUCUCACUGGGGAACCUUGUGAACAUAUAAGUUUUAAGGAAACUGCAGAAGGUGAUAAGGAGACAGACAAAGUGAUUGUCUGGUCAAAACUCGUAAAUGCAAGAGAGUCGAAAUUUCUUAUGGGUACGUCAUGUUGUCCACAAAAAGAUGUCGACGAAGGCCAUUACAAAAAGAUGGGACUUGUCUGUUACCAUGCAUACUCUCUACUAGACGUUCAGGAUAUUCAAGGAAAUCAACUGGUAAGGUUAAGAAACCCUUGGGGACGAGAAUCCUGGAAUGGGGACUGGUCCGAUACGUCACAGAAAUGGUCAACUGUCAGCGCUUCCUCGAAAACAUCACUGAACCCAACUGAAAACAAGAAAGGAGUAUUUUGGAUGUGUUUGGAAGAAUAUAUGAAAUACUUUGGCGGUGUUGACAUCUGCAAGGUUAGGUCAGACUGGCAUGAACUACGUAUCAAAGGAGUGUUCCCGCCAAAUGCCGGAAAACCAUGGAAAUUUGUAAACUUAUCCCUUCUUGAGAGGACUCAGCUAGACAUUGGACUUUUCCAAAAAAGCCACAGGGGACAGGAAGGACCUGAGACCACAUUGGAUCUGCUGAUCGUUAUCAUGGAGAAUGACAUGGUGGGAUCGAAGGUAUUUAAGAGAGUGGUGAAAACAAGUCAGAGGUGCCAGAGGAGCUUUGUUGGUUGUGAAGUAGAUCUAAAUCCUGGCUACUAUACCAUAGCGUGUCUGGCCUUCAAACACUGGCAAACAGCUGACCACAGUGGACACUCACUGAUAGAUGAAGAACUGCUUGACCGGGACUUCGUAAUGUCGUUACACAGCUCUCAGAUGAUUCUAUCAGAGGAAAUCGACAGCGGGAUUCCUCUCUACCGUACAGCUCUCGCUGAUAUUCUCAUCCAAACGGCAAUUCAGAAAGGCACACGAAAGGAGCAUGGUCAAGACGGAUUGGCGACGUACGAGUUAUGGUGGCACGGAGCCAUCUUUGUUCUUGAAAACACGAGUUCUAAGCUAUUUGGCAGCUUGAAGUGCGAUGUGUCCAAAAGUACGUACAUCACUUCAACCAGAGGUGCAUUUGUGACUAUAGACUGCUUACCACCAAGACACAGACAAGUGACAACAGUCCUGACGCCACAGGAUGCCAGGAUUGCAUCAAACACGUCUUGGCUGUUUACUUACUCAAUGAGCACUAAACCUGAUCUGGAGAAACAGUUUGGCUGUCCAAAAGGAAUACGUCACGUACCAGACAUAACACGACAACUGGAGGCUCUACAUUCCCCUCGGCCUAUAGUAUAA